GCGCGACGGCCGCGCACGGAGACGAUGAGCGCGAGGAAGUCCAUCCUCGCGAGCACGACGCGGAGCCGUCGCAGCCGAAGAAUCGCGAACCUGGAGGACGACGACGACGCGACGCGCGCGGACGCGCGGACGGACGCGGAACGUCCCCCCCCCGGGGACGACGACGAAGAUCUCUCUCGACGGUCGUCCUCCUUCCCGCGCGGGCACGUCUCCCUCGGCGCGACGUUCCUGUGGACGCUCGUCGCGGUCGCGAUCGCGCUCAUGACGAGCGUGAACAGCGUGACCGUCGUCCGCGGCAGCGCGGCGUACGCGUCCGACGCGGACGCGCGCGCGCUCGCGGGGCGGAUGCGACGCGUCGGCGACUCCGUGGACGCGCUCGCGCGAGCGAUGACGCUUCACGCGGGGAAGCGCACCCCGGAGCGCGAUUUGAACGCGGUGAAGCGCACCUUGAGCACGCUGACGACGAAGCUGAAGGCGCAAGACGCCGCGAUCGCGAAGGCGGCGAAGAGCGGGCCCGCGCCGCCGCCGACGCCGCCGCCCGGGCCGACGCGGGGGGACUACGACGCGAUGACCGCGGGGAACGAAAAAGAGUUCGACGCCAUCAGACGCGCGCUCGCGGAGGACGACGCCCGCGACGCGAGCGCGAAGCGAGAGCUCGAGGCGCUUCGCGAGGAGCUUCGCGAGGCGAGCGCGAAGCGAGAGCUCGAGGAGCUCAGAAAAGCGCUCGCCGCGGUGGAGAAGACGGCGAGAGAAGCGGCGGCGGCGGCGGCGGCGGCGGCGGCGGCGGCGAAACCGGCGCCGGCGCCGGCGAGAGAUGCGGACACGAACGAGUGGCCGAAGAACGCGGCGGCGGCGAAGGACGUGGACGCGCUGAGGAAGGAGAUGGGCGCGCUCGCGAAGGAGGUGGCCGCCGCGAAGAAAAAGGCGGCGCCGGCCGCGCCCGCGCCGCUCCCGAAGAAGGAGCUCGACGCGCUGCGGAGGGAGCUAAAGGAUGAGAUCGCGAAGGCGAACGCGAAGGCGAAGGCGACCGCGGACGCCGCGGCGAAAGCCGCCGCGAAGGCGGCGUCGAGGGCGGGAUCAUCGGGCCCCGCGGCGGCGUCGGACGCUGCCGCGGCCGCGGCGGCGGCGGCGGCGGCCGCGAAGGAAGUCGACGCCCUGCGCGCGGAGGUGUCGGCCCAACUCGCGGCGUUGAGCGCGUCCGCCGCGGAUGCCGCGAAGGCGUCGUCCUCGGGGCCCGCGGCGGCUUCCGACGCCGCCGCGGCCGCCGCCGGCGCCGAGAAGGAUAUCGAAGCCCUCCGCGCGGAAGUCCGAGCCGAGCUCGUGGCGUUGAGCAAACGAGCGUCCACCGCGGACGUCGCCGUCGCCGCGGACGUGGACAAAAAGCUCGACAAAAAGUUGGAGUCGUGGAAGGGCAAGCCGAUGGUCACGCGGACGCACGUCGCGGACGAAGUCCGCGCGCAGCUCGAGCGGUUCAAAUCGGAUAAGACCGGGCGCGUGGACUACGCGCUGUUCAGCGGCGGCGGCAAGGUUGUCGGACACAGCGUGUUAUCUCCGCUCGUGAGCGCCGGGGAUGGAUUCGGAACGAAAGCGUUGAAGAGCCUCCGCGGCGGCACGCACCCGAAAGCGGACGAGUGGGUGAUCACCGCCACGACGCAGGCCGCGGGCGAGUGCUUAGCCCUGAGAGGUAAUCGCGGACACGUGGACAUUCGACUGCGAGAGGCUGUCCACGUGGACGCGGUGACGAUAGAGCACGUCCCGCGCGGGGUGGCGUACGACAUCACCUCCGCGCCCAAGGACGUCUCCGUGCUCGGGUGGAACCGGACGAGGACAGCGCCGGCGAAGAACAGCGACGCGCUCGCGGCUUUGGGGUCGUUCCGGUACGCCGUGGACGCGAGCGCGGGUUCCCAGGUGGGGUCGACGCAGACGUUCGCGCUGCGAGGCGGCGGCGGCGGCGCCGUGGAUCACGUCCGGUUCGAGGUGCGCUCAAACUACGGGAACGACCGCUGGACGUGUUUGUACCGGCUCAGAGUGCACGGAACCCCGGUCGCGAAGCCGCGCGAGCCCGUGCUCGACUAG